CAGGUCCAGCACACCGUUCCGUUCCCCCAUUCGCCGUUCCGCAUCUGUCCAUCUCUUCCCCCACCCACGCACUCAGUCACCGCCGGCGCCAAGCCGAUCUCCGACCACCGCAGCCAUGACUUCCGGCGCCGCGCUCCUCCUCCGCCCCACCUCCGCCACGACACACCCGCUCCUCCACCAAUCCAGCCCCAAACCAUACUUCCUCCGCCUACACCCGUCUUGCCGCCGCCGCCGCCUGCCCGUCCCGCGCCUGUCCCUCACGCCCACCACCGCCAGCAACAACUCUCCUCCCCCGCCGUCCCCUUCGGCCCCUCCGACCGCCCCCGCGGCCCCGCCUUCCCUGUUCUCCAACUGGUCCCCGCCGCGCGCGAUCUGGCGGGGGCUCUCGGCGCUGCUCCUCGCGGGCCAGGUCUUCCACCGCGUCCUCACGGGCCGCGUCCACCGCCGCAACCUCCUGGCGCAGCUCCGCCGGGUCGGGCCCGGGAGCGCGGGGGUCGCGCUCCUCACCGCCGCCUUCGUGGGCAUGGCCUUCACCAUCCAGUUCGUGCGCGAGUUCACCCGCCUCGGCCUCCACCGGUCCGUCGGCGGCGUCCUCGCCCUCGCCCUCGCGCGCGAGCUCUCGCCGGUCGUCACGGCCGUCGUCGCCGCUGGCCGCGUCGGCUCCGCGUUCGCCGCCGAGCUCGGCACCAUGCAGGUGUCGGAGCAGACCGACACCUUACGCGUCCUCGGCGCCCACCCCGUUGACUACCUCGUGGUCCCUCGCGUGCUCGCCUGCGUGCUUGCGCUCCCGGUCUUGACGCUGAUCAGCUUCGCGCUCGGCCUCGCGUCCUCGGCGUUCCUGGCCGAUUCUGUCUUUGGCGUCAGCGUCAGCAUCAUUUUGGAGUCGGCGCGCAGGGCGCUGCGGCCAUGGGACUUGAUCAGCUCCUUGCUGAAAUCUCAGGUGUUUGGUGCCAUUAUCGCGGUGGUGAGCUGUGCCUGGGGAGUCACAACCCAUGGAGGAGCCAAGGGCGUUGGCGAGUCUACAACAUCUGCCGUGGUUGUUUCCUUGGUUGGAAUCUUCGUUGCAGACUUUGCUCUCUCGUGCCUGUUCUUCCAGGGUGCUGGUGAUUCCCUCAAGUAUGCAAUGGGUUGAGGUGGGUCAUUGCAGAGGAAGUAUUUUGCUUUCUAGGAGAUAGCAUAGUCUUGUACAUUAACAAGAAUGGUGCACUGGAUUCCAAUAGGUGAACAUUGCAACAUCUGCCGCCGUCCAGGUGACAUGUAUCAUUUUUUUUUCCCUUGAUACCUACGAGAAAUCAUUUAGAGUGUUCUACCUUUGUUGUACUAAACUGUUGCUCAAUUAUUUGCCAGCGAUUCAUUAUAACCUUAUUCAUGAAGCUAUUGGUCGAAUUGAA